GGUUGUUGUUGUCGCUCCACUGCAGGCGAGUGAUGAGGAGGAGGCCCGAGUGGGCACAGAGAUGUCUGCCAAGCUGACGUUCAAGAACCCCCUUCCCGUGCCCCUCACCGACGUAUCCUUCAACAUGGAAGGCUCUGGACUCCUCAUGCCCACGGUCAAAACUUUCCGAGACAUCGAAGCGGGCGAGAGCGUCUCUCUCAGCCAGAGCUUCACGCCCACCAAGGCUGGCGAGCGGACGCUGAUGGUCAGCCUCCAGUGCAAGGAGCUGUUCCUCGUCACCGGCACACUGGAGCUCGCCGUGAGCGGACGUGCGGUGGCAGCCGACCAAGCGCUUUGAUUCCGCGCCGCGUCCUGGCAGCGCUGGACAGAGACGAAUUCCAAGAUCUCGCACCCCACCGCACCCAAUUCACAGCUCAUGGUAGCGAUGCGUUA